GAAUUUAAUCCAUUUUUACAUUACAUCUUAAAAAUGCAAUGAAUUUCAGACUUUCCUUUUGUAUAUAUAGCGCAGCAAUACAAUCAACGGCUAACUUUGAAAAGUAGAAUUAGUUAGGGUUUAGCGCAUGGCUUCUACAUCGAAUCCAGAAACCCAUGAAUCACCGCAGAAAAGCGUCUAUAAAGAUCCCGAUGAUGGGCGCCAACGUUUCUUACUCGAACUCGAAUUUGUUCAAUGCCUUGCUAACCCAACUUACAUUCACUAUUUGGCUCAGAACAGAUAUUUUGAAGAUGAAGCUUUUAUUGGGUACUUGAAGUACCUUCAGUACUGGCAACGACCUGAGUACAUAAAGUUUAUAAUGUAUCCACACUGCCUAUUCUUUCUCGAGCUUCUCCAAAAUCCAACAUUUCGUAAUGCAAUGGCUCAUCCUGCUAACAAGGAAGUAGCACAUAGGCAGCAAUUUUACUUCUGGAAGAACUACAGAAAUAACCGGUUGAAACAUAUUUUGCCGCGGCCGCUUCCUGAGCCUGCAACUGCACCAAGUUCUGCUCCACCUGCAUCACUACCAUCAAGUGUAGCCCCUCCAACUGCUCCACCUCCUGCUCCUACACCUGUUACAGCUGCAGCUCUUUCCCCGAUGCAGUAUGCCAUCCCUCCUGGAUCUGGUCUUGCUAAAACGGACCCAAGGAAUGCUUCUGUUGAUCGAAGAAAGAGAAACAGGAAAGACGGAUAAUUUUAUUUUACUCAUAGCACAGACCUCCUAUCAACUAAUUUAUGAAUUAAGAAAACAUAGUGCUAAAGUUUUGCGAGAGAUCAACUACACAUUUGUUGGGUUCACUAGGAUCAAAUUUCUUUAAGAAAUAAAUGUAGAACUAAUUUUAUUCCCAAACCAAGUAACCAAAACAGAAAGGAAGCAGCCUGCCUUUGAACUCUUUUGGGAUGCCCUCGUUUGUGGUUUCAAUUGCUUAAUUUUUUAGGCUUAGCUCAGACAUCUGGUGAUAGGUGACUGGAAGAUUGCCAAUGCACACUUAUAGCAGUAAUGGGUUAUCAAUGGAGUGAAGAAUUCGAAUCACCAUAUUGACAUGUGAACUUCAGAUUUUGAUGAUAAAUGAAGGAGCAACUUCUCUAGUGUGGUCUAAGUAUAUGAACCUUUGCCUAUAAUCUAUGGUAAAUGGGAGGAGUAUUUAUGGUCUUUGAUGCACUUCACUUGGGCAAGGUUACGGUCCCUCUCCUCGGCUAGCCUGUACGAAUUCCUAUAAUCACCUUUGCCUUUGUAGUUAUUCUUUCCCCUUCGACUGUUCCAAUUCCGUGUCCUCAAAGUUGCAGGUACUGACUCUCAAGGGCCUACUGUCUUUCCAGAAAACUAACAAAAGAGGAACUUUAUCCAUUUGGCUUGAAUUGGGUGGUGUGACACUUAAGAAUCGGUACAACCUAGAUCUAUAGACCUGAAAUUAAGUGCAGCACACAAAAUUAUAUUAGCUGUAUCACUUUCAUUAACGGAAUUCCAAGGAUUUCAUGUUAUCACUCAUCUCUUUUCUCGUUUUGGUCAAGUGAAGUGCUUCCCCAUAUAUAUUUAUGAGUUUCAGUUUGAAACUAUGCCGUGUGUCCUUUUCUCGACAAGAUGUACUCUUUCCUAUUUACUUAACACAUAGUUCUCCAAUGUAAAAUCAAGUAUUGUGCUUAUACUUUAUUCUGGUUGGUCAAAUUGACCUAAUUGCGACUUUGUGACGACUCAUUAAACUUAUAUAUGCUUAAGCGGAAAAUUGGGUAAUACUCCUAUUGAGCA